GCGCUCGAAAUGAAAGGGACAACUUAGCUUUGCGCGGAAACGUUUUCGGAGCUCUAAUGGCGGUUCCGCUCAGAAUGAGCAACAACAAUAAGCGUGCUGUGCUUGCUCGUUUGAAAUCCCUCAUCAACACACAGCAGUUGCAGAGGUUCUGCACUUCUAUGCAGCCCAAAGGGAAACUGGAUGAUCGCUUGUCUCCAAAAGGGGACUUAGAUUACUCGGCUCUGAAAGAACGCAAUGACUUCUUGAAAUGGAAGACUCUGGACGCUAGUAAGCUUGGUAUAACCACUUCUAAGCUUUCGUAUCCAUCUCAGAUUGUCUUGAAACAUCUUAGCCGCAAAGGAUUUAAGUCCUAUUUGGUAGGUGGGUGUGUGAGAGAUCUACUAUUGAAUAGAACUCCAAAAGAUUUUGAUGUCAUCACCACAGGGGAGCUUAAUGAGGUGAAAAAGCAUUGCCGUACAAUAGGCCAUUCUAUAAUUGUAGGGCGACGUUUUCCAGUAUGCCUUGUUAAUGUAAAAGGUUCUCAAAUAGAGGUAACCAGUUUUGCGACAGAGGCACAGACAUUUGAAGGGAGUGACCAAGUUCGACGCACUCUAUUGCCCAAAUCCAAAUGCAAUAAUAAAGAAGACUUAAUUCGCUGCAAAAACUCCUUGUACAGAGACUUCACAAUUAAUAGUUUAUUUUAUGACCCCUCUGCUGAUAAGAUAUACGAUUAUGCCAAUGGAAUCGCUGAUUUGAGGUCCUUGAAGCUUGAAACCGUGAUCCCUGCUCAACUGUCCUUCAAAGAGGACCCUGGGAGAAUUUUGCGUGGCUUCAGAAUGGCAGCUCGGCUAGGUUUAUCAUUAUCAAGGGAGAUUGAGGCUGCUAUUUUGGCUUAUUCUUCACGAGUUAAGAACAUGAACAAGGUAACUCAAUUGAAAUUUUAUGAUGGUAUGCUUCCUGAAUGGGUGACCACCAAGCGAGAAUAUACUUUGCUGUUGCAUACUGCCGCAGCAUAUCUUGAUGAACAGGCGGAUAAAGGUGUUCUUGCUUCCAAUAUGUUGAUGAAAUUAUUCUUCCAUCUGGAUAAUUUGGUGACAUGUGAUCGGCCUUCUGAUUGCACUCUAUGGAUUGGGUUGCUAGCAUUUCACCUAGCAUUAGUAAAUAACCCGCAAGAAGCCCUUGUGGUGUGGGCUCUUGCUUCUAUUCUAUAUCAUGGGAAUUGGAAAGACGGUGUUAAAUUCGCUAAAGAACAUGCAGCAGUGGCUGUUAAUUUUGCACCUGAAAUAAGGAUGUCCUGUUUGAACAAAUCAGAAGAAGAAAUUGCAAAAGCAGUCACUGAAUUGGCAUCUCAUGUGAUACACUCUGUAUGUGUGCUGGUUAAUAAUGAUAGUCUUCGUCAAUCCAUGGCUAGAUACCCAUCUUCUCCAUGCUCUGGCACUGUAUUUGUAUCAGGGAAAAAAGGGCAGAUUGUUGGUGAUAUUUUCAGAGUGCUAGUCAAUGAUGUCCAACUUUAUAGGAGUAAAAGAAAAGGUUCAAAGAUAAAAUAUGGCAUGCUUAGCCAGGGCAGUAUUGAAGAGAUUAGAUAUGUUUUGGGCAAAAUUGUUCUCAACACUAUGAUUAGUUGCAUUGUUGAGAACAAGGAUGAUUUUGAGGCUGAAAAAUGUCAUCUUAAGACUGAGGACACUGAGGAAAGUGGCCAGUCACAAAUUUCAAAUUCAGUAAUCCAUAAAUCGGUUGCAAGGAAACAUGAAAGACAAGCUUUAUCACCAAGUCCAGAAAGUAAGCAAGGAAAAAUCAAGAAACAGAAACUGGUUGACAAUGAUCGUGUUCCAGAGCAGAAAGUGGACGUGGCGAGCCAUGAAUUGGUUUUCAAGGAAACCAGUCAAGAGGGGCAGAAGCAAGCAAAAUUAACUCAGAAGGUUGAUCCAUCUAUGAUGAAGGGCUUUGUGCCGAAAAUGAAAAAACAUCCAAUAAAGCAUCCAGCGAGGCGUAUGAAGACGGUCAAACAGAACUCACACACACCAUCACAAUUUAAAGUGUCUAAGAAUCAUCGUGAAGUAGCUGACAGCUGCAACAUAAAUGUGGAUGCAAAAGUUUUGAAGAAAAGGUCCCAAUCAUCAUCUGAUGAAAAAGUUUUGAAGCAUUCCCUCUCCAGUCUCUUCAGAAAAUGAAUACUGGUUGGAACUUGGAACCGGCAUAGUUUAGAAACUAAACAUAUAGAGGAGUUGUAUUAGAUCUCUUUCCUCUUUUAGUCCCAAAAUUUUUUACUGAUUUAAAAGUAGGCUUUCAGUUCUUUAGAGUUUACUUGCCAUCAUUGGGGGAUACCCCUCCCUUAUCGUUUGAUUGUGAUGGGAGAAAAAAAAAGGAAAGAACAUAUAUAUACUUUUCAAUAUGAACAAGAUUCAUAGGAAUUAGUCUCAAGCUGGAUGAAAAUCACAUAUUGUGUGUGGAAGGGAUUUCAUUGAUGGCUUUUUGUGAGCUUUAUAAACUAGGGCAUGCAAUCAGGUAUUCAAAUAUGCAACUUCUUUAUGAAUAGACAUCUGUGUGGAACAUUAUUAGAGAACAUAUAGGUAGGUU